AUGAGUUCAUUACAUAAUUUUCAACCAAAUGGUAAAUUAUAUAAAACUUUCUGUUUUCAUGUUAAAAAUGUUUCAAUGGCAGUUGGUAUGAUAGAAAUAUUAUUUAUUUGUGUUCUUUUAAUUGGAGUACCAGAAAUUAGUUUACAUUUAUGUAACUGUCCAUAUAAAAACAUUACAUUAAAAAAUACAAAUAUAUCAAAUUUAAGUUAUGGAAUUAAUUAUACAACAACAGAAAUGUCUAUAAUACAAAAAAGAGAUAUAAAUAAUACAAAAAAUAUUACACUUACAACAUCUUUAAUUACAACAUCAACAACUAAAUAUAUUGGUGAUAUAAUAACAACUACACAAUUAUACAAUCAUUUUAAUAAUAAUAGUAACAAUAAUGAUUCUCGAGAUUGUUAUAAAUUAGAAAAUAUUAUUGAAAAAAGAAUUAUAAUUUUUAGUUUAUGUAACAUGGACAUUUUAUGGCUUUUUAUAGCAUUAUCACAUAUAAUAUUUGUUAAUCUUUUUAUUUAUGGUAUUAAAUCAACAAAGCCAAAAACAAUUAUACCAUAUCUUAUAUCAAAAACAAUUUUUAUAUGUAUACUAAUAAUAUUUAUUACUUUAUCAACUAUUAUAUUGGUAAAAGAUCAUUCAAAAUCUAAUAAAUUAAAUUCAACAAUAUAUGUUAAUAAAUUAAUUUUUGGAGCAUUAAUUAUUGGAUUUUUUAUAAUGUUAUAUACGCUAAUUAUCAAUUUUUUUACUUAUCAUUUUGUCAAAAGAUCUUUCGAAACAGGUUAUAGUAUAUCUGCAGCAAGACCAUUUGCUCAACCAUCUGGUAGUAUUUCCGAUCACUUAAGACAAUCAAGAGACAAUCCAACACUUGAUAAUAAUAGAGAUCAAGUUAAUAGAAUAGAAUUAACAUCUAGAAAUCAAGAACAAUCUUCAAAUGACAAUAUUUCAACAAAAAGAAAUUACGUUUCAACUUAUAAUCAAAUUCCAAAAGUUUUACCACCAUUAAGACACACAUUUAGACCAAAUACAGCAAAUCGUCUUCCCGAAAAAUAG